AUGCCACCUCAAUCCUUCCGCAUGGUCAUCGAUGGUGAUCUUACUCCGACACAAUCGACACGCAUCUUUGAUGUGGCCAAACGCGAUGCUGCAUGGCAAAUCGCCUUUGAAGCGUGCUUGUCUGACCGUAGGAUCUGGCAAGCCCCUCUAGAUUGGUGGAAGAUAAGGCCUAACAGCGCGUAUAUCAUGGAUGGUUUCCCGGAAGCUUUACGCGCCAUGACAAAUUGCCAAUCGCCAGUCAGUUGCAACUUUGACAUUGGCCAAAUGCCGGAUACAGAGUCGCUCGUAAGUCAGGGCCGCAAAUGGACGUUGGAAGAGUGGGAGAAGAACUGGAGGGCUUCUAUGCCUGCUAAUAUCGACACCGAGGUGCCCUCGUGCAGCUGGCUCGAUCUCCAGCGCGAGAACACACUGUUUUGCAUGGGAAACGUACGUGCGCAUGUGAUUAUGCACAUAGAAUGUCUGGUUAUUUGA